GGUUAGAGGUGGGCAUGAACCAUAGACCAUAUAUGAACCUCUCAUUCACCUUGACUUGGUGACACCAUAUUCAGUGAUGCUCCAAAUUUUAUUUUGGCCCUCAUCCGACAUGUGCUUUUUCGUGCAUCUUUUGUUUAAUGUAUGAUAUCAAAAUAUCAAAAAAAAUCCCUGUGCGCCGAUUUGCCUUCAUUAUUGUGAGUGCGCGAUAUGAAUCCACUGCACCCGCGGCACUUCCGUUCCACAGAAGGCGAUUUGCACGAGCACAGGCAGUGGAGAGAUCCAGACACAAAGGAGGAUUCGUGUGUCAGCACCAGCUCUUCGUCUUCUUCCUCUUCCAAUCAAAACAAACCGAAGGACACACCUUGCAAGAAACGGGAGAGCAAAGCCAGUAUGAGCAAGACCUCCAAGCUGCUAUCCACCAGCGCAAAGAGGAUUCAGAAAGAGCUGGCAGAUAUCACGCUGGACCCUCCGCCAAACUGCAGCGCUGGUCCAAAAGGAGACAACAUUUACGAGUGGAGGUCAACCAUCCUGGGACCACCGGGCUCUGUUUACGAGGGAGGGGUCUUUUUCCUCGACAUCGCCUUCACACCCGACUACCCCUUCAAACCACCCAAGGUAACGUUUCGGACGAGGAUCUACCACUGUAACAUCAACAGUCAGGGGGUGAUCUGUCUGGACAUCCUGAAGGACAACUGGAGCCCCGCCCUCACCAUCUCCAAGGUGCUGCUGUCCAUCUGCUCUCUGCUCACAGACUGUAACCCAGCUGAUCCCCUGGUUGGAAGCAUCGCCACCCAGUACACGACAAACAGAGCCGAGCAUGAUAGAACAGCCAAACAGUGGACGAAGCGGUACGCCACAUAGGCCCAUAGAGCACAGCCGUGUGGGGGGGGAUUUCUAUUUCAGAUUUUUAGUACUUUAUUGUCUGGUAUAUUUUUUGGGUUCCUGAUUAAGUUAUCUGUGCAAAUAGGAAAAUAAAGAAAAACAAUGAAACAAUA